AAAAAAAAUUAAAUUAAAAAAAAAAAAUCUUUUUUGUUCUUGUUCUUGGUGGGAACUCUCUCUGAAACAAUCAGAAUUUAAAAGCCUUGAAAUUCUUGAAUUUUUAUUUUAAAAAUUUUGUGGGUUUUGGGCGGUGAGGAUUAAUUGAAAUCCCUAGUUGAAAAUCAAAUUAUAUUAAGGGCUUUUUGAAUCGACGGUCCACGAAGAAACUUUGUGGGCUGGUUGAAGAAAUCGUUUUACAAAAAAUUUAAUUAUGGUUGAGAGCAACGGUGAGAGGAGGAGAAGCCAUGGAGAUCAUCAAGAAGAUGGUGGCGCCGCCGAGCCGGCGUUGAAGAAAGGGCCGUGGACGACGGCGGAAGAUGGGAUCUUGAUAGAGUAUGUGCAGAAACAUGGUGAAGGAAAUUGGAACGCGGUUCAGAAACACACCGGAUUGCCUCGGUGUGGGAAGAGUUGCAGGCUCCGUUGGGCUAACCAUUUGCGGCCUAACCUUAAAAAAGGCUCGUUUUCUCAAGAGGAAGAACGGCUCAUCAUUGAACUUCAUGCUAAGCUUGGCAAUAAAUGGGCUCGCAUGGCUGCUCAGUUACCGGGAAGAACAGACAAUGAAAUUAAGAAUUAUUGGAACACACGGAUGAAGCGUCGCCAAAGAGCUGGAUUGCCUCUUUAUCCUCUUGAUCUUCAACAGGAAGCGACGGCGUUUCAACUCCGGCAACACCAAAAUCACCGCUCUUCUACCACCACCACCAACGUCUCUGUUCUGCGUCAGAAACUUGAAUUCGACAACAAUAUUCAAAAUUCUGUGUCGGUUUUCAAUUUUUCUUCAACGAUGAACAAUCCCCAGAAGAAUUUCAGUGAUGGGUCGUUGUUUUACGCAGCACCCACCAACCAAUUCAAGUUCUUUACUGAAAACAACGGCGGCGGUGGAUUUCUGCCGCUUUCCCCUGUUUCGCCGUUUCAUCAAAUUGGGCAACAACAGGUUAAUAAUAAUUCCCUUUCGUCGUUGCCGCUGCCGGUGCUGCCGUCGCAAGCCGCCUUGCAAUUGAGUUAUGGAGGUUAUAUGGGUAAUUAUAAUUCGGGUCUGAAUUCGAUGUUUCUUGGAGCUCCGUUCAAUCACCUUAUUCCGGGAUUGGAAACAGAGCUUCCUUCAAUCCAAACGCCGCCACAUUCCACUACUCCGGCCUCUUCCGGAACCAGUGGCGGCGAUGGGAUCAUGGCGGGGGCUAACAGUGGAUUGCUUGACGUUGUAUUGCUAGAGGCGGAAGCUCGAUCUCGUAAUGGGAAGCAGACGAAGGAAGAAAGCUCCUCCGGCGGCCAGUUGAAACGGACGGCGGAGCAAGGAUCUACAGAGGAACAAGGUGCUAAUAAUUUAAAUGUACGAUCAGUUGAAGGAAGCAGUGGCGGAGACGCCGCCGUCCCCGCCGGAGAAAAUCAUUCCGACGGUUUCAGCUUCACCCAUUCGUCAUCUCGAAAGAGACAAAGAAUGGAACCUCUAGAGGAGAUGGAUUCAAUGGUUGACGAUGACCUAAUGAGCCUACUCAGCAACUUUCAAACGGAAAUGCCAGUGCCGGAGUUGUACCCCAAUAACAGCAACGAUGACCUUGGCAUCAACACACACGACGACUUGUCAUUGCGUGAAACGAAUGGCAACCGUGACGAAGACGAGCAACGGCCAAAUGUAGGAACGACAUCGACGGUAGCAUCACCCGUCCUCGAAUGGAGCCUUGGCUCAUCUUGUUGGAACAACAUGCCGAGUAUUUGCUAAAAGAAUAAAAAGUUAUGAACUUUGUGUGUGAGGUUCAUGCUAGGGUUGGGAUGAUGGACCUCACUUGGUUUCACUUGGUUGCUUUUUGUGUUCAAUCUUUAGUUUGAAGGUGUUGUGUUCAUUAGGUAGUUUAUAAAUAUCAACAAAAAAAAUAAAAAAUAAAAAAGAAUUGAACUU